AUGGAGGCAUUAGCUUCAGCCGGUCUACUAUCGCCACCAUCACAGCAGCGUCUAAUGAUUGAUCAGUUACAGAUGCACUCAAAAUCAGUUUAUCCAACAUUGGAAAAUAGUGAUACUAUCAAUACUAUUGCACAAAAAGAAAAAGAAGAAGAUCCUCAACCUAUCUCACCAACUGGUUAUCCAUCACUCGUUCAACUUCAAGAAUUAGUCGAAGAACAGAAACAUUUAUCACUUGAAGAAUGUCCUAUCAUCUCGCCACCAUCGAUUGAACCAUUGGAAAAUUUUAUCGAAAAACGAGGAAAAACUAUCGAAGGUCUAGUAGUGUUAAAAGAAAAAAUGGCCAAACAUGUAUUAAAUUGUAAAAUAUCGAAUACAGUGGGAAAUUCAGCAUCAAUUAUCGGAGGAAUACUAUGUUUUGUAUUUCCACCUGUCGGAGUUCCUGUUCUUCUAGCUGGCACAGCUACGUCACUGGGCACAUCCAUCACAGAGAAUGUUAUUGAACGUAAAUUGCGUACACAAUAUGGUGAAAUGUUAAAAGAAGAUUCUCUAGCUAUGAAACUGUGUGAAUCAAAUUUAAAAGAUAUCACAUCAUGGCUCAUCACCGUCUAUCAACUCGGUUACACUGUGUCGAGAGCCGGUAUCAAUUUUCUUAGAGUGGCUGAUGCUAUUCAAGCCGCAACGACAAUGAAAACAUGGGCAGAACUUGUUAGUCAACUACCAUCGUUGGCAAAUGCAAUUCAAGUUGGUGCAAAGACAGCUGGUACAGUUUCAGGAGCAAUUCUUGGAAUUAGUCUAAUUAUAUCUGCAGCCGAUAUCAUUCAAACGUGGAUACAAAAAAAUGCAACAAUCAAAGGAAUUGAAAAAGAUAUUCUACUGUUAGAACAACAAUUACAAGAACUGAAACGAAUUGCUGAUGCUUAUCAUUCCUAA